GUAGUUGUGACCUAAUUUGUGCAGGCACCCAGUAUACUCAACAGUCUUACAAAGUGAGUGACUCCUUUCCCUUCAAGUGGAUAAAUAAGAAGUGGCGAGAAGGGUUUCAUGUAACCUCAAUGGCAACUGCUGGAAGCCGAUGGGGUGUUGUUAUGUCUCGCAAUGCUGGCUUCAGUGAACAGGUUGUGGAACUGGAUUUUCUCUAUCCAAGUGAGGGUAUCCACAGACGAUGGGAUAGUGGUUAUCGAAUUACGUCAACAGCUGCAACUUGUGAUCAAGCGGCUCUUAUCUUGAGUGUUCCCAGGCGCAAACCUGGUGAUGAAACUCAGGAAACUUUACGUACUUCUCAAUUCCCAAGUACACAUGUUAAGGAAAAAUGGGCGAAAAAUCUGUAUCUUGCCUGUCUAUGCUAUGGGCGAACGGUAUCUUGAAAUCACCUAUUUGAAGGAGCAUGGAGGGGAUUUUGAUGCUUAUAUAAAAAAAGAAAAAGUGGUAGAUCUUGUUGAUCCCAUAUUCUCCUCUAAUUUUGCUGAAGAUGUAAAAAAUGGUAGUAGGUGAUUUAGUUGAGAAUUUUUAUUCACAUGUAAUGUUAUUAUAUAUUAUAUAUAUUUUUAUUCAACAA